UGCGGCCGCAGUUAUGGCUGUGUCUGUGUGUGUGGCUUCCAGUGACUCUCAGCGGGCCAGGGUCCUGCAGAACAUAGACUCUUCUGUAAUUUCCAGUGCAGCUGGAAACCCGCUAAAUCAAUACUCUGCAUUAGAGAAUGUGGCUCACAGAACAUUUUGCCAUAAUCAUGCCUCCAAAAGUGAAAAACGCAUCGUAAAUGAUUCUGAUCAGAUUAAAGUUAGUCGAAAGGACAUUCAAGAUUCAAAUACACUCGCGAAAGAACUAAGUCAACCUGUUCGAAACUCGAGGCCGAAAUCGCCUAACACACAUGAUGAAAUUAAAUAUGAAUUUUUUUGUAACAAAUAUUUUAGAGGAAGUCCGUCAGCAUCGAGUCAACAUUUUGUCAACGAGCUCCCACCUUUGUCUUUUGAAUCUUCAUUUCACUGUUACCCAAAUUCAGACCAGUCACUAGACAGUCCAGGACUACCAUCACUGUACACAGUGUACAGCCCAAGCAUCAGAUCUUCGCUUAGUCCGUGCUCUUCUAAUUGCUCAUCGUCUCCUCCUCCUCUAGGGCCGUCUUCUUGGAGUUUUGGGACUUCUGAAGAAAUCCAUCCUGCACUAACAAACCCAAUCUAUACCGCUGAAAAUCAACUGCUGAAACCAUACGUCAAUAAUCAUAAUUGUGUCGUUGAAACUGACACGAAAAAAAUUGCUACGAGGUUGAAAAUUUACAGCAAUGGUCCAUUUUGCUCCUCACUGUCUUCGUCUGUAGCGUACAAGAGGCAAGGAAACAAACUCACCAGCCGCGAGGUAUUGAAGAAACGUCGUUUGGCCGCCAACGCCCGCGAAAAAAGGAGAAUGACUGGCCUCAACGAAGCCUUUGACAGACUGAGGGAAGUGGUGCCGGCCCUCACUGGAGACCAGAAGCUGUCCAAGUUUGAGACUCUUCAGAUGGCACAGACGUACAUCAACGCUCUCUUGGAUCUGCUGCACUAGAAGCGUUACGUCGUGGGGGCCUGCGUCCUGAUUCUCAAAAAAAUCUAGUCAAAGCUACUUCAAAGUUCAGCUGUACCACGCUGCUUUUGUUGUUGGGGAAACUGGGAUGGACUUAAAUGAAAAUAUGUAAUUACUAUUCGGACUUAAUGUCAACAUGUACCUGAAGUAUGGAAGUUCUGAAAUACGGAAGCUGCAUAAUUGGAAGAGACAGUCAGAGAGAACUGCAAAUAAAUGUCUCAGAUUUAAGAGUAUCAUGAUAGUUUGGAUAGUCAAAUUAUGUCUCAAUCUGGCUUAUAAGCUAAUAUAAGCUCAAUUAUGGAGUAUAUUUUUAUCUUAUAUACAUUUGUAAGGCCACAAUGACCGUGCACCCUAUAAGUAUGUAUUGUGACGGGUAUGACUGUUAUUUUUGUGAACAUAGAAAAGACUUAACUGUGUCAUAACAUUAAUGAGAAUAACUGUUUAGCAAUACAAUUAGUAAUUACCAAACAUUAGAUAUAACCCUGUACCAAGUUCUGGUCAAUGCUGUGGCAUUACUUUAUCAUGAAAAUGUUGGAAAGAAACGAGUUCUUUAUUGCGCUUCUACUUUCUGCUGAAGCUAAUGUCCUCAGUCAUUAAUUACAACAGGGGGAGAAGUUCAUUUGCUCAAACGGGCAUCUGUGGUCCGCAUCGUCAAUUUGUGCACUGCAGAUAUAGAAAUAGAAAUUACAUCAUCCCAUUAUUGAGUGCAUCACAAUCGUCACACGCGUCUAAGAUCUUACCAUUUCCAUCGUGAUGGUAACCCUUUGCUGCGGUUCACGUAGCCAAUUUUUUU